AUGAAUGAACACGAAUUAGAAGAGGAAAUUGGUUCACCGUUAAAUGUAGCCAACAUUGUUGAUGAAGAAGAACUUCUUGCGGCACAAGAAGCAGCAGAGGCCGCCAAUUAUGCGCAACAAGCUGAUCCUGGUGAUGUUUUCCAUAAUGUCCAAGAAGGUUUAGAAGGUGUACAUCGUGAUAUGCUUAUGAAUUAUUGGCAGCAAACAAUCAACAACAUUGAAAAUUCAAACUUUGACUUUAAAUCACAUCAGUUACCUUUAGCUAGAAUCAAAAAAGUUAUGAAGACGGAUCAAGAUGUCAAGAUGAUUAGUGCGGAAGCACCCAUUCUAUUUGCCAAAGGGUGUGAUAUUUUCAUUACUGAGUUGACGAUGAGAGCAUGGAUCCAUGCGGAAGAGAAUAAACGAAGAACAUUACAGAAAUCAGAUAUUGCUGCCGCAUUAACAAGGUCGGAUAUGUUUGACUUUUUGAUUGAUGUUGUACCAAGAGAAGAAGAAAAGCCGAAAAAAUCAUAUAAUAAUCAUAAUAACACAGAUCCGCUGAACCUGAGUAGUCGGACCCAGUUUCAAGAGGAUCAAGUGGUUGGCAGUCAAUACCCGCAGCAGCAGCAGCAGCAUCAGCAGCAAGCACCACCAACAUCAAGUCAACCAAUUCCACAACAAUCACAGGACCAAAUCUCCCAACAACAACAACAACAGCAGCAGCAGGUAAAUGAAACAGAGCAGGUGGUGCAGGAUAAUCACAAUAUCUCAAAACACCCAAACCAAGAAACAGAGCUGAUACCUCAUCAACAAGCAGUAGAUCAGCAGCCAGAGCCACAACAACCACAAGAAGAGGAACAGCAACAGCAACAGCAGCAGCAGCAAAUAGGAACUGAUACACAACCAGCUGCAAUAAAUGAAUCAGGGAACCAAUGGGUAUAA